AUGGGGGUAAGAGAAUUAGAAAACCGUUUCGUCACAACCCUGAGAACCUGUGCGAAAAUCGCGGAACUGAAGAAGCUUCACGCCCACAUCGUGAAGCUAUCACUGUCACAGAGCAACUUUCUGGCCACCAAAAUGUUGGACGUAUGCGACAACUUGGGUCACGUGGAUUACGCGACCUUGAUAUUCCAAAACCUAGAGGACCCAAAUGUGUUCUCUUACAACGCAAUAAUCAGAACCUGCACUCAUAAUCACAAACAUUCUCUGGCAAUUACUGUGUUCAACGAAAUGCUCAGACAUGAAACGAAAUCAGCAUUGCCAGACAAAUUCACGUUUCCUUUUGUGAUAAAGUCGUGUGCGGGUCUUCUGUGUCGUCGUCUUGGGCAGCAAGUUCACGCGCAAGUGUGCAAGUUUGGACCCAAGUCCCAUGCAAUAACGGAGAAUGCGCUUAUUGAUAUGUACACGAAGUUUGGCGAUUUGAGUGGUGCGUACCAAGUUUUUGAGGAAAUGACUGAGCAAGAUGCGGUCUCGUGGAACAGUAUAAUCUCGGGGCACGCGAGGUUGGGGCAGAUGAAGAUUGCUCGGGAAGUGUUUGAUGAAAUGCCUUUUAGGACAACUGUGUCUUGGACGACUAUGAUUAAUGGGUAUGCAAGAGCAGGGUGUUAUGUUGAUGCGUUAGAGAUUUUUCGCCAGAUGCAAGUGGUGGGUAUUGAGCCUGAUGAGAUUAGUGUAAUAUCUGUUCUGCCGCCGUGUGCACAGCUUGGGGCUCUUGAGGUUGGGAAGUGGGUGCACAAGUACUCGGAGAAAAGUGGGUUUUUGAAGAAGACCAGUGUGUGUAAUGCACUGAUUGAAAUGUAUGCUAAGUGUGGCUGCAUUGAUGAAGCUUGGUGCUUGUUUGAUCAGAUGGUUGAGAAGGAUGUGAUUUCUUGGAGUACCAUGAUUGGGGGACUGGCUAAUCAUGGAAAAGCGUAUGAGGCAAUUCGAAUGUUCGAAGAUAUGCAGAAUGCAGGAGUGGCUCCUAAUGGGGUAACAUUUGUUGGUGUGUUGUCAGCUUGUGCUCAUGCGGGGUUUUGGAAUGAGGGAUUGAGGUAUUUUGAUGUUAUGAGGAUGGAUCAUCAUUUAGAGCCAGAGAUUAAGCACUAUGGUUGUCUAGUUGACCUUCUAGGACGCUUGGGACGGCUUGAUCAGGCUCUUGACACAAUAAUGAAGAUGCCAAUGCAACCGGAUUCGACGAUAUGGAACACAUUGUUGAGCUCUUGCAGGAUUUAUCGCAGUCUUGAGAUUGCUGUUGUUGCCAUGAAACAGCUUUUAGAGCUUGAGCCAGAAGCGUCUGGAAACUAUGUCUUGCUUGCCAACACAUAUGCAGAACUUGGCAAGUGGGAAGGUGUUUCAAAUGUUAGGAAACUUAUACGAAGCAAGAGGAUAAAGAAAACACCAGGGAGUAGCUUCAUUGAGGUUAACAACAUGAUUCAGGAAUUUGUAUCGGGUGACGAUACAAAGCCCUUUUCACAAAAUGUUUUCUGGAUCCUACGAGGGCUCACUUUACACCAGACUAGAAUCACUGACUUCAUGGAGUUUGUCGCAGAAGAAGGCCAAGUUUACAGUAAAACUAUGCCUUGA